UUAAUAGUGAUAAAGCAAAGAGUGGUUAUAACACAAGUUCACAUCACAUUUUUGUGAAUAGGAAAGAAGUGAUGGGUAUCUCAAGUAGGAAUGGCUUAAUGUAUGUGCUGCUUUUGUUUGCAUUCUGUGAAAUGCAAAUCAUUGCAGGAAAAAACACUCUGUCAUGCCCCUUCCGCAGCAGCCCAUGCUUUGGGAAGAAAGUGCCAUGCCCUUCUGAGUGCCCUCUUAAAUCCCCAUCUGACCCAAAAGCCAAAGUCUGCUACCUUGACUGUGACAAUCCCACAUGCGAAACUCGGUGCAAAACUCGCAAAGCAAAUUGCAAUGGACGUGGAUCAGCAUGCCUGGACCCACGUUUCGUGGGAGCAGACGGAACAGUGUUCUACUUCCACGGAAGAAGAAACGAGCACUUCGCCUUGGUAUCAGACACCCACUUCCAGAUAAACGCACGUUUCAUCGGGCUGAGGCCCGCGACAAGAGCCCGCGACUACACGUGGAUCCAGGCCCUCGGAAUCAUCCUCCAGGGCCCCCACACCUUCACCGUCGAGGCCACGUCAUCGCCCACGUGGGACAACGACGUCGACCACCUCAAAUUCUCCCACGACGGCAAGCCCCUCGCCAUCGCCCAGGGCUACCUCUCCACGUGGCAAAGCGACCACGUCAGGGUAGAGAGAGCUUCCAGCGUCAACAGUGUCACCAUCACGCUGCAUGGCGUUGCUGAGAUAUCGGUGAACGUUGUGCCCGUCACUAGGGAAGAUAGUAGGGUCCACAACUACCAGAUUCCUCACGAUGAUUGCUUUGCACACUUGGAGGUGCAGUUUAAGUUCCAUGGUUUGUCUCAGAAAGUUGAAGGGGUUCUUGGGAGGACUUAUCAGCCGGACUUUGAGAACCCUGCGGCGAAGUUGGGGGUGGCCAUGCCGGUGGUCGGAGGGGAAGACAGGUACAGGACCACGUCGCUUGUUGCUGCCCAUUGUAGGGUUUGUUUGUUUGGUGCAGAAGAAACACUCCGAGCAAUAAUAUUACAGGGAAUAUAAUUCUUAGGAAUGUAGUAUCAUUGUACGUCUCCUUAAUUAUGCAAAAAAAAAUGUCCACAAUUUUAGUUAUCUAAUAACUUUUUUAUGAUUUUUAUUUAUUAU